UUGGAGAUACGUAUUAAUGUCACAUUUGUGAGGGUUAGCAUCACAGAGGUAGGAGUGGCCAGCCUCCUCCAUGUGGCACAGAGAGGGGAGACACAGGUGAAGGAUGCUGUGAAGACUCAGUAAAAGCCAAUUCUCAGCCAACAUCACCACCUCGUCUGACUGAAGGGCGUCUUUGUUGGAACAGUUUCACCACUGAAAGAAUUCUAGGGCUCCAUCCUGGUUUAAGUCAUUUGCUUCUGUUCCUUGCUUUCUCCACAUAAUUCCAGAGGCUGUAAGCUGACCUGUUUUGACAUUAUGAAAUUCCUCCUACUCUGGGCUCUCUUGAACCUGCCUGCUGCCAUUGCCUUUAAUCCAGACUACACAGCUGACUUUACUCCACCCUACUUAGUCUACUUGAGGUCUGAAUACCUGCCCUGCACUGGAGUCCUGAUCCACCCACUUUGGGUGCUCACAUCAGCACACUGCAACCUACCGAAGCUCCAAGUGAUGCUGGGGGUUACAAUCCCAGCAGACAGACAAGAAAAGCAUGUACAAGUUGUUGGCUACGAGAAGAUGAUUCAUCAUCCAUACUUCUCAAUCUCUUCUAUCGAGCAUGACCUACUGUUAAUCAAACUGAAAAAAUUCAUUGAACCCAAUAACUAUGUGAAAAUAGUCAACCUGCCAUCCAAAACUGCCCCUGUGGAUACCACAUGCACUGUCUCCACCUGGGCCUACAACAUAUGUGAUUCAUCAAAGGAGCCUGACUCACUACAAAACGUGAACAUUUCUGUUAUCACCAAAUCAGAGUGUCGCAGUACCUAUAAAGCUUACAGGAUCACAGAAGGCAUGCUGUGUAUUGGCAUUGUGCCAGGAAGGAGACAGCCUUGCAAGGAAGUCUCAGCUGCCCCCGCAGUCUGCAAUGGGGUACUUCAGGGAAUCCUGUCUUAUGCAGAUGGAUGUGUGUUGAGAGCUGAUGUUGGCAUCUAUACCGAGAUCUUUAACUACGUGACCUGGAUUAGAAACACAAUCCGGAACAACUGAGCUCCCAUAGCAGAAACUCUGGGCCUUGUGACAAUCUGCCUUCAAGCUCAGUCUAAAAUUAAACUGCAUUGGGCCAUGAGUACA